UAACAAACAAUCAUUUGUCACCAUCAUACAAAAUUGUAAAAGAAAAUUUAAUGAAGAACCACCAUCACCUUAUAACCUUUAUUACAGCUCACCAACAAUUACCACUUACACUCCCACAACUAUUCCAACCACUACGCAAGUAGUUGCACGAGUAUGGAAAAAG